GAAAGCAGCAAGAUAUCUAAAUGAGUGACAGUUGCUUCAGGAACCUUGCCGAGGAUCGUAGUGGGAUAAACCUUAAAGAUCUGGUCCAAGACCCUUCUUUGUUGGGUGGGACUAUAUCUGCAUACAAGAUAGUGCCAGACGAAAUAGAAGAAAUCAAGGAGACGCUGAUAGAUUGGUGUGAUGAAAAGGAACUUAAUUUGAUUUUAACAACUGGAGGAACAGGAUUUGCACCGCGAGAUGUCACUCCAGAGAAAUUCCCAACAUUCCCAUUAUGUGGGCUCCAGAGAGGGGCCACUAAAGAAGUAAUAGAGCGAGAAGCCCCGGGGAUGGCCCUGGCAAUGCUGAUGGGAUCACUUAAUGUUACACCUCUGGGCAUGCUCUCUAGGCCUGUGUGUGGAAUCAGAGGGAAAACUCUCAUAAUUAAUCUUCCAGGUAGCAAGAAAGGAUCACAGGAAUGCUUUCAGUUUAUACUGCCAGCCCUACCUCACGCCAUUGAUCUCUUGCGGGAUGCCAUUGUAAAAGUAAAGGAGGUACACGAUGAGCUUGAAGAUCUACCUUCACCACCACCCCCUCUUUCUCCUCCUCCAACCACCAGCCCUCACAAACAGACAGAAGACAAAGGAGUGCAGUGUGAGGAAGAGGAGGAAGAGAAGAAGGAUAGUGGAGUUGCCUCAACAGAGGACAGUUCUUCGUCACAUAUAACAGCAGCAGCUAUUGCAGCUAAGAAGCAUCCAUCCUAUACCAGUCCAGCUGUUAUCAUGGCUAAAGGUCAACAGCCCAUCCCUGGUCUCAUCAGUCAUUGCCAUCACGCAGCAGGCAGUGCAGGAGAACUGAUUCCAGAAUCCAUCAUCUCUCGAGGUGUUCAGGUUCUCCCACGUGAUACAGCCUCCCUCAGUACUACUCCUUCAGAAUCUCCUCGUGCCCAAGCCACCUCUCGCCUCUCCACUGCAUCCUGCCCAACACCAAAACAAAUUAGACGGCCGGAUGAAAGCAAAGGAGUUGCUAGUAGAGUUGGAUCCCUCAAAGCUCGACUCCCUUCGUGCUCAUCCACCUAUAGUGUUUCUGAGCUCCACUAUAGGUUGGAAGGGCUUAAAGAUGAACUGAGGAGGAAUAGAGGCUACAACUCGAGAGUCCAGUCUAGGUGCAGCAGCAAGGAGAACAUCCUCAGAGCAAGUCACAGUGCUGUUGACAUUACCAAGGUAGCAAGAAGACAUCGCAUGUCACCAUUCCCAUUGACAUCUAUGGACAAGGCCUUCAUCACAGUUCUGGAGAUGACCCCAGUGCUUGGAACAGAAAUCAUCAAUUACAGAGAUGGAAUGGGGCGAGUCCUUGCUCAAGAUGUAUAUGCAAAAGAUAAUCUACCACCGUUUCCAGCAUCAGUAAAAGACGGUUACGCUGUCAGAGCUGCUGAUGGCCCAGGAGAUCGAUUCAUCAUAGGGGAAUCCCAGGCUGGUGAGCAGCCAACUCAGACUGUGAUGCCUGGUCAGGUAAUGCGUGUUACAACUGGUGCUCCAAUUCCAUGUGGUGCUGAUGCAGUGGUGCAAGUGGAAGAUACAGAGCUCAUCAGGGAAUCAGAUGAUGGCACUGAAGAACUAGAAGUUCGAAUCCUGGUGCAAGCUCGACCAGGCCAAGAUAUCAGACCCAUAGGACAUGACAUUAAAAGAGGUGAAUGUGUGCUGGCUAAAGGAACCCACAUGGGUCCAUCUGAGAUUGGUCUCUUAGCAACUGUUGGAGUAACUGAAGUAGAAGUUAACAAGUUCCCAGUGGUUGCAGUAAUGUCAACAGGGAAUGAGCUGCUGAAUCCUGAGGAUGACCUCUUGCCAGGAAAGAUUCGGGACAGUAACCGUUCAACUCUCCUAGCUACAAUCCAAGAGCACGGCUAUCCAACAAUCAACUUGGGAAUAGUGGGUGAUAAGAAGCCAGAUGUUUUUAAAGAAGAAGGGACACAGAGCUUCCAGAACACUGCGGAGACAGGCCUACCAGAUUGCCCAGAUGAUUUACUGAAUGCACUGAAUGAGGGUAUCAGCCGUGCUGAUGUGAUCAUUACAUCAGGAGGUGUAUCCAUGGGGGAAAAGGACUAUCUUAAACAGGUGCUGGAUAUUGAUCUUCACGCACAGAUUCACUUUGGCAGAGUUUUUAUGAAACCUGGCCUGCCAACAACCUUUGCAACUCUGGAUAUUGACGGCGUAAGAAAAAUAAUCUUUGCGCUCCCAGGCAAUCCUGUGUCAGCUGUCGUCACCUGCAAUCUCUUUGUUGUUCCUGCACUGAGGAAAAUGCAGGGUAUCUUGGAUCCUCGGCCCACCAUCAUCAAAGCCAGGUUAUCAUGUGAUGUAAAAUUGGACCCACGCCCAGAAUAUCAUCGGUGCAUUCUGACUUGGCAUCACCAAGAACCACUACCUUGGGCACAGAGUACAGGGAAUCAGAUGAGCAGUCGUCUGAUGAGUAUGCGCAGUGCCAAUGGACUGUUGAUGCUACCUCCAAAGACAGAGCAGUAUGUGGAGCUUCACAAGGGGGAGGUGGUGGACGUCAUGGUCAUCGGAAGGCUAUGAUGUCACCAGCAAGAGCGAAGCUUUGAUGCAUGUCCACAUAUCAUUGACUGUAUCCUGUAAUAUGCAACGGCACAGCUAGUUUUUCCGAUUUGGAUAAAAGUUGAUCAGUAUAGUCAACAUCUUGAAAUAUAUUUCAAAUGGAAUUUAAAUAAAUACCUUUUAAAAAAAAAAAAACAAACUUUAAAACAAAUCUUAACAAAGAAAUUUAUUCUGAUUAUAUCAAAGCAACUUUUUCCUUUUCUUGCAAUUGCUUUGUGUGUUCAAUGCUAGUUCUAAUAGCGGUAGCUUUUAGUAGACAGCAGUAGGUGCCUGCAGAACUUGUGUUUUUUCUCAUCUUUAAGAUACAACUACUUACGCUCUUAAAACAAGGCUGUCUGCUUAUUUAUACUAGCGUAGACAACACUUGGAUUUCCCUUAUUAGUAUGCUUCAUAACCGCUUCACAGAGAGCUUCUGCUUGUUCUUUAUCUUGUAUCUCGUGUUGAUGUGCACAGUGCCAAAAGCAGAGUGGCUGCACUGGGAACCCAAUGAAGCCCCGAGGUUUUCUCACCUCGCCGCGCAUUCAGGGAUGUCUCUUGUCCCGGCAGCCACCCAGCUCAGUACUCUUGGGCAGUAACUGGAUACCUUUUAUUUCAACAAACAAAAAAAUUGCUUCCUUAAGUGCUGACAGCCUUUUUAACCAAUACAUUUAAAAAUGUACAGAACUAAAAACUAAAAAAAAUCAAAGACUGAUCUUGUACAGAUAUUAGUGUUACCAGCAUUCGUGUGGAAAUUAAAUGAGCAAAGAAAUAAAACUAAUGUUAAACAACUCUGUACCAUAACAUUUUCUGUAAUGAUAUUGAAACUUAAAUGAAUAAAAAAAAUCCUCAAUCAUUAUUUAAAAUUUCA